AUGAAGAGGUUGGUUCUUGCUGACUUGGAUCCUGCCACUGCAAAGCUAGCAAUUGGGUUUCUAGGCCCUUUUCUCUCAGCAUUUGGUUUUCUCUUCAUAUUGGGGAUAGUGAUGUCAUGGUACCCUAAACUACCUGUGGGGAAGUUCCCUUAUGUAAUAGCCUAUGCUCCCACAGAGCCUCUUCUCAUAGCAACAAGGAAACUGAUUCCUCCCCUUGCUGGUGUGGAUGUUACCCCUGUGGUCUGGUUUGGAUUGCUUAGCUUUCUUAAUGAGAUAUUAGUGGGUCCACAAGGAACUUUUAAAUAUUAUGAGAAACUUUUUGCAGUCAAAGUUAAAUAUUUUUUUCCUUUCAAUUUACUUUGGGCAGGAAUAGACUGAAUACAUUGUAGAAAUAGAAAUAUGCAAUAAAAUUGUUUGCACUUGGUCCACAGAAUUACAGAAAUAUAUGGCUUAAACAUUCUUUUGUUAGAACCCCUUGUUCUGGAUGCAAUUUAAUGUUUUUCUUGUGCUUUCAUUUAGCAAUAAUUUAUGCAGUAUUAAUGCUUUAAUUGUUAGUUGUUAUUUG